AUGGAAUACAGAAAUAAUGUCACAGAAUUUAUUCUUUUAGGAUUUUCUCAGAAAAGAGAAUUAGAGUUUCUCUGUUUUUUACUGUUUUUACUUUGUUACAUUGCAAUUUUGACUGGAAACCUGCUAAUCAUGAUCUCCAUCACCUGGAGUCCACUUAUCAACCAGCCCAUGUAUUUCUUCCUGAGCUACCUGUCACUCUCAGAUCUUUGCUACACCUCCACUGUUACCCCCAAGCUAAUCGUGGACUCACUAUCCACCAAGAAGUCCAUUUCCUACACUGGCUGCAUGACACAGCUCUUUACCAUGCACUUCUUUGGGGGCAUCGAGAUCUUCAUUCUCACAGGGAUGGCCUAUGACCGCUAUGUGGCCAUCUGCAAGCCCCUGCACUACACUGUCAUCAUGAGCAGACAGAAGUGUGAUAUCAUUAUUGCUGCCUCCUGUGUUGGGGGAUUCCUUCACUCCUUUGGUCAGUUUCUCCUGGCCGUCUUCUUACCCUACUGUGGUCCCAAUGAAAUAGAUCACUACUUCUGUGAUAUGUAUCCUUUGCUGAAACUGGCCUGCACUGACACAAGCAAAAUUGGUUUCUUGGUCAUCGCCAAUUCUGGACUGAUGGGCACUGUGAUUUUUGUGGUCCUGCUGAUAUCUUAUGCUGUGAUCUUAUGUACUGUCAGGUCUUACUCUGCAGAGAAUCGCCGCAAAGCCCUCUCUACUUGCAGUUCACAUAUCACUGUGGUCGUCCUGUUUUUUGCCCCUUUACUGUUUAUUUAUAUUCGACCAGCAACUACUUUACCUGAAGACAAAGUAUUUGCCCUCUUUUAUACUAUCAUUGCCCCCAUGCUCAAUCCUCUGAUAUACACACUAAGAAACACGGAGAUGAAGAAUGCCAUAAAAAAAUUGUGGGGCCAUAUCAUGGGAAGCAAAGAAAAUAGACUGAAAGGCUUCCCUGCAUUUCACCACACAGCUUCUUGA